ACUCCCGACCCCCUCAGUGUGUUGGUGUUGCGCCACACCUGGCAAGGCGGGUUGCUUCUACACUUAAGCUUGUUUAGUACUGACGGCACAAUACAAUUACUUUAGUGCUCCUAUCGCUUCCAGCUUCGCGACUGAACCAUCAAACGGUCCGCGGCACCGAGACCCGGGGCAUUCCUCAAGCCUGCUUCCCGUCCGUUUUGAAGACAGAUAACCAUGUCCCACUACGCCCCACUAACCCCACUUCGAAACUUCGAAGUGGGAGUGCCUUUCGCCGGCCGAGACCCGGAGGUCGGGACGAUGCCGCGGUUUUAAUUAAUCUUUUCCCAGUGCUUCUGCUGUCAGAACGCUGUGGCAGCGGAGAUGUCGACGUCAAAGUCGGACCUGCGCGUCGUGUUGCGUGUCGGCGCCUUAUAUACCCCUCGCCUGAUUCCCUUCCUUCACUGCGCUUCCCCCGUCGUCGGCUCUCCUUCCUCCCUCUCCCUCUCCCCAGAGCUCGGACUAUGGCUGCAAGAGUCUUCAGAGGAACCGUUGGCGGUGACAUGGACCCGUUUGCGGCUGCGCUCGAGCCUCCGGCAAACGAAUCUCCGGCGCAGCGGCAGGCGCGGAUGGUGCAGGAAAGGGUGGCGAAGCAAACUUCAGAUGACAUCGACGAGCAGAUCGGACGGGAGAAGAGGGACGCGCGGAGGCAGGGGAAACCAGUGAAGAUCCUGUUGCUAGGCCAGAGCGAAUCAGGAAAAUCGACCACCCUCAAAAAUUUUCAGCUCAUGUGCGAGCCCAAGGCCUUUCGCGCCGAACGAGCCUCAUGGCGCGCGAUAAUACAUCUCAACGUCAUUCGCUCCAUCCGCAUUAUCCUCGAUGCACUUGCUCAUGCACAAAUCAACUCCUCCCCAAUCAUUCCCGCAUUCGGCGACAGCCCACGCUCAAGUUACGCGUCCGGUUCGAUAUCUGGCUCCGAGGGACGGAACAGCUAUCAAUCAAGUAUCAACAGCAGGCCAGAUAUGGACUUGAUGUCGCUCCGCGCGAGACUGGUCCCUCUACUCGCGCUUGAAGACGAACUGACGCGCCAAAUUGCCAACCCAGACCCGGACGCGACGCAACCCGAAACGCCAUCCACUGCCCGCAGUUUAAGCCCGCCAUCUCCGUUCUCAGGCUUUCGUCGGCGCGCAGGGAAAGAAAAGGAGAGGGAAGUGGCCGUAAAUCUGAAUUCGAGCAAGCGCACCUUCUUCCACUCACGGAACAACACAAUGUCCGACCGCGCCAGUCUGGACACGCAACACAUGGUGGAUUGGGAUGAUCCCAAUGAGCCCGGGGCCUUGUUGCAUGCGUCAAGCGACGAUUUACAAAGAUUAUGGGCUCAUCCAGCGGUGAAGGAGGUGCUAGCAAGACGAGGACUGCGAUUGCAGGAGGAAUCGGGUUUUUUCCUCGACGAGUUGAAGGAAGUUACUGCUCCAAGAUACGUGCCAACCGACGAGCACAUAUUGCGUGCGAGAUUAAAGACUCUCGGUGUUUCGGAGCAUCGUAUGAGAUUGAACGACCCGAACGGCGCCAUUACUCGGGAAUUUCGGAUCUUCGACGUCGGUGGGCAGCGAUCUAUGGUGAGUGUCACGUCCCGGCUCCGGCUUCAUUCGCUCCCCUUUCCAUUAAUAUUCGGUGGGGCCUCGUGCCUGCUGAAUUUUCCCCGUCCUCCACGCUGGGUGCCGUACUUCGACGACAUGGACGCCAUCAUCUUCCUCGCCCCGAUAUCCGCCUUUGACCAGGCGCUUGUGGAGGACAGGCGAGUGAACCGCCUGGCGGACUCGCUCGAUCUAUGGGCCCAGGUCAUCACGCAUCCCUUGCUGGCGAAGACCAAUAUUAUUCUGUUCAUGAACAAGAUAGACUUGAUGCAGGCGAAGCUCGCCGCAGGUGUCCGCCUUGCCGAUUUCUACCCGGCCUAUGGGCGACGGCCAAACGACUUCGACAGUGCCAGUAAAUUUCUCAAGAAGCAAUUCGGUGCUAUAUUGAAGCAGAAGUCGCCCGUCCCGCGGAUAUUCUACUGCCAUCUUACCCAUGUAAUCGAAGCUAAGACAACGACGUUGGUCCUUGCAGGGAUCAAGGAUAUGCUUAUGCGGUCACAUUUGAAGGAGUCGCAUUUGAUUUUAUGA